CAAUGUAAUAACGUAAUAAUUACCAAAAUUAAGGCCGGCUUUUUUGUGAUAUUGUAAUAACAAACAAGUACCAUAGCAAUAACAUUGUAAUAAUAGUGUAAUUAACGGUAAUAUUGUAAUAAGUGCCCAAAAUAAAGGCUGCUUUUUUUGUGAAGUUGUAAUGUGCUAAACAUUUUAUAUUAUAGUAAAAACAAGUCACAAAAACAAGGCCUGCUUUGUAAUUAACAAAGUAAUAACAUUGUAAUAAUGUAAUAAGUCCCCAAAAAUAAGGCCUGCUUUUUUUUUGACAUACUAAUGUAAUUAUGUAAUAACAAUGCCCCAAAAAUAAGGUCUGCUUUAUUGACAUUGUAAUAACAUUUUAAUAACAAGUCGCAAAAAUAAGGUAUUUUUUUAAAUUGUAAUAACAUUGUAAUACAAUAAUAACAUUGUCCUAAAAACAGACCUGCUUUUCGGUGAUGUAAUAAUGUAAUAACAAUGUAAUAAGUCCCCCAAAAUUAAACCUGAUUUUACUGCUAUUACACAAUAGCUGUUCUAGGGUAUACAUCAGGUUUACAUAAGGUAUAUAUUUUUCUGCUAUACCAAUGUUCUAAGGUAUACUAGUGUUCUGAUCUAUAGCAAAAUACUAAGUAGGAGUGUCCUCGACUAAGGUCAAGUCUUAAGUAGUCGCCUGAUACUCGAAAUGUAUGCACGCUUGUGUUUGUGUGAGAGAUGUGUUUCAGUUGGGGGUGGAGGUGUCCUGGGAGCAAACGUCCAAGAUGCUCCGGUUUCAGUCACGUGAAAAAAGUCAAAGGGACACUACCUUCCUUACAGUGAAACUGCUACAGGCUUUAGGCUCCAAGACUCCAGAUGGAGGCUGGGGCUGGGUGGUGGUGUUCGGUGCCUUUGUCUCCAUCGGCUUCUCCUACGCUUUCCCCAAAGCCUUGACCAUGUACUUCAAGGAGAUCCAGCGCCACUUUGGAGUGUCCUACAGUCAGAUCGCCUGGGUUUCCUCCAUCAUGCUGGCUGUGAUGUAUGCAGGAGGUCCGGUGAGCAGUGUGUUGGUGAACCGUUACGGUAGCAGGCCCGUUGUGAUCACAGGAGGCCUCAUGUGCAGCGUUUCCAUGGUGGCGGCUUCCUUCAGCAGCACCAUCACGCAUUUGUACAUAUGUGUCGGGAUCGUCGGAGGUCUUGGACUUUCUUUCAACCUCCAGCCAUCCCUGACUAUUAUCGGGAAGUACUUCCAGGUCAGGAGACCCAUCGCCAAUGGCCUAGCCAUGGCAGGAAGUCCGGUUUUCCUCUGUACACUGGCACCACUCAAUCAGUUCCUGUUUGAACGAUUUGGUUGGAGGGGAAGCUUCUUUAUUCUCGGGGCCAUGUUGCUAAAUUGCUGCGUGGCCGGAUCACUAAUGAGACCUCUGAACGACGGUGGCAUUCCAAGACCCGAGACAAACGGAACAGCGAAGCCUUGUGAAAACAGGACCCAGGUGCCAAACAAAGCAAAGAAAAACUGCUUUCAUAGCGUCACCUGCUUCAUGGACCUGUCUCUCUUCCGGCACCGUGGUUUCAUCAUCUACCUGAUAGGAAACAUGCUAAUGUUUUUUGGCUUUUUUGCCCCGAUGAUUUUUCUGGCACCGUAUGCCAAGCACCGUGGCAUGGACGAGUACUCUGCUGCCAGCUUGCUCUCUGCACUGGCACUUGUGGACAUGUUUGCUCGGCCAGGCACAGGUUUGCUCGCCAACACCGCUCGAGUAAGGCCCAGGAUCCAGUACCUCUUCAGUUUCGCCAUUACUUACAACGGUGUGUGCCACCUGCUGUGCCCUCUGGCUUCUGGUUACUGGGGGUUGGUGGUGUACGCAGUGUGUUACGGCGUAGUCUACGGCAUGGUGUGUGCCUUACUCUUCGAGUGCCUCAUGGAUGUGGUAGGGCCAAGUAAGUUCUCCAGUGCCGUGGGACUCGUCACAAUCUUCGAGUGCUGCCCGGUUCUGCUCGGACCACCCAUUGCAGGUGCCCUAGUGGACAUGUUUGGCGACUACAGCUACAUGUUCUACAUGUGUGGUUCAGUGAUGCUCUGUGCCGGCCUCUUCCUCUUCGUCAUGAACUACUACAACUACAGGAGGAAGGACGCUGCCCGGCGCCUUCGGGAGAACGGCACCGAGCUGGUCGAGAGGAACGUGGACACCGAGAUAAAACGUGGGGACUCUCGGACUAGUGAGCACACGCAAGGAGGAGACGGACAAAAACAAAUCCAGGGUGUAGAUUCUGGGACACUUGGGGGCAGAUCAGAAACUGAGGACAUUCCAGUAUAACACCAGGCCAAGGGAUUUGAUGCUCAUUAUAGACAUGGUGUGAUAGUCAUAUAGCACCAUAUUUCUGGUCUAGAUGUUAUAUUAAGUGUCACGCACCAGUGCAACUGUUUACGUGUUUUCGUUAAAAAAAAAAAAAAGAUACACAUUUUUUUAUUUUUUUUUAAAAAGGGACUUUUGUGGAUCUCCAAGUCUCGUGACAAAAAUGAGCGACGUACAUGUAUAAUGUGCAAAAGUCAUCUUUGUGCCUAUAUCUUGAUGUCCGUUGUUUAUUAUUUUAUUAAAGAAUACUGAAAAAUACAAGAACACUAUAGAUUUUUAUACAAUAUCACGGACAAUUAACCCCUUCAUGAAUAUACGUCUGGUUUUCAUGUACACCUUGUUGGUUUCAUGAUUUCUUUACUAGCUGUUAACAAUUCCUAGCUAAAGAACUGGAGAAUGAAUAUAUAAUAUAUGGCUAAAAUAUAAUUUUUCCUGCCAUUAUGUGGUUUAUCCACGAAUUGUUGACACAAAGUUGGAUUCUCCCAAUAAUAAAGAAUGUAUGUGGUAGCAUGAAAUAUUCCCUUCACUUGAACUAAAACUUAAUAAAUAAAUAAAAAUAAUUAAAAAAAGACCCAACCUGUUCCAGCAUGACAACAAACCCUGCGCACAAUGCCAACGCCAUUAAGAUCUGCUUUACAUGGGUAAGAGUGGAAGAUCUCAAAUGGCCUGCAAUAGAGCUCUGACCUCAACCCUAUUAAACGCCUUUGCGAUGUUUUGGAACUCGCUACGAAUCGCAAAAGCUCAAUCCGAAAUGUGCUUUGGAGGAGUGGAAGUUUUUAGAACAGCAAAUGGGACCAAAUGUGGAAUGGGAUGUUCAACAAGCACAUCAUUUCAUGAUCAGGUGUCCACAAACUUUCCAUGUAGUGUAUUUUUCAGACUUCAUGACUUGUUAUAAGCAAGGUUUUAAACUGUACAUUACAACAAGUGUAUAUAGAUGUAAUUGUAGUUUCCUGUGGUGAGGUGUCUGAUGCUACUGAGGAUGCAGAAAAUUCAUUUUGUACUAAAUGUAAAGUUAACAGUAAAAAGACAAAAA